UUUUUUUCUUCAUUCACACAGGCCCGCGAUGGAGAUAUGAGCACGAAGUCGUCGAUCUAGACGGAGAAGAUACGUAAAGUGGUAGAGCAACAGCCUUUGGCAGCUUGCAGCCAUCGAAACGUGCGCGAUGAUCGGUAUCGGUAAAGUGGACCAGCGAUUGUCAAAAAAAGGCCCGCACAGGCCACGUGAAAUGGGCUGGCCAAAGUGAUGGCGCGAGUUGAACCCACUCCCCCCUCUCUUCUCUCGUGCAUUUCUUCGCAUCCUGCUCUUCUCGUGUCUCGGAGGAAAGUACCAGCUGAAGAAGUGUCCCCAUGCCGCGACUGGACACAGGCCCACAAGGGUCGAGCGGUGGCGGUGCUCCGACAGUGACGUCUUCGCUCAAGUCACUGCUCUCGCUCCACCCCGAGCGACCGCGCCGCGAGACCCUCAAGGCCCUCCUCCUUCGCUCCGUUCGUCUUCGCGUCGCUCCUUUUGGCGCUGCAGGGAGACGGCAGCGGCGAUCGGGUGCAGGAGGAGGCCCCAGAGAUGACGGCCAAGAAGACCUCGAGGAGCGUCUGGAUGGCGUGCGACGGGGCCAACUGCCACUGCGAGUCCGGCCAGCAUUUAUUGUUCUCAAUGUCAUCUGCCUCCUUGGCCUGGCCUUCCUGGGCUUCCACCCGAGAGGGCAAGACUACGUACCCAUCAACGACAAGCUGCUCCAUUUCAUCUGCUUCCUCUUGGCCACGGGGCUCUUCUACUUCAUUUGGGACGUCGACGAGCCGGCCAGAAGAGUGUGGAUCUGGCGCCACAUGGCGCUCCUGCUGACGUGGAUCGUCUGCUUCGCUGCCGGAGGCCUGGGCUCCGAGAUUGUCCAGUCGCUUCUGCCUUACAAGACUUUCCAGUGGCUCGACGUCCUGGCCAACUUUGCAGGGUCCGCCCUUGGGCUCUUCUUCAGCUACCAUGCUGAGAAGCGGUACCGGACCCGACGCGAAAUCGAGAGGCUCUACGAGCCGCUGGACCAGGAGGUAUACGGCGAUGACGAGGACGAUGGAGAGGACGACGAUGGCCUCGGUCGUGGAAGUGGCGCCUUCAGAGAUGCAGGCGAUGGCGAGCGCGAUCCCUGGUCUGCGGCCGACGAGGCUGGCUUCGGUGCGAUUGGAGGCAGGGCAAGCGGCAAGAAGAAGGGAGGACCAGACGAGCGACGGGUCAGAUUCGGCGAGGACCAGGUCUGGGAGAGCAGUGAACAAACCAGCAGCAGCCAGGAGCAGGGACAGUGGGAAGGCACUCCGUCUGCGUCGUCAGGAGAAGAGGCGGCAAAGGUGCACAAGCAGGAUCUCUUUUCCAUCGAUGACGAUGAUGAUGACGACGGUGGCGGGGAUGUCUGGAAGGAUGCCAAGUAGAGCCCAGUCUAAUCUCAAGGAUCAUCACUCUGGGCGCAGGAAUGUAAAUGAUGUCUUUCACGCUGUGACUGUGUGCGUGUGUACAUCGCAGUUGCCGAC